UUGGAAUUAAUAACGCCAUGGUAUUUUUUUGCUCCUGACCUUCCUGGCCCUCCCGAAACUUCAAUGACUCUUAAUUAUUCUGUCAGUGGCAUAAAUAGUACAAAAACUUCCAACUUUCUUUCGAUUGGAUUUCUUGAUCAAGACGAUGAUUCUCCCUUUGAUUUCCAUCGGUGGCAAGUUAGUGCUGGUUUAACAAAAGUUCAUAUAACUAAUAUAUUUGCCACAUUACCAUUUAUAGAGGAUUAA